AUGGAAGACGAUCGUAGUACCAGCCCAUCUAGUAUUGGCUCAGGCCAUGAUGAACAUGAUUCAGAUAUGCCCGAAACUCGAGUAUAUCCGCCAACAUUUAAUUCACUUUGGUUUCCAUUUACACCAUUACGUAAUUCACCGAUGUUCAAUUCAAUGUCAUUUCAACCACCAAUAAUUCGUACAGCUACACCAAUUGUUCGACAUAACUUCAAGAGUAUUGAUGAGCUACUUUCUCCCAUUCCUAAUUCUAUAACUUCUACUCCCUCUCAAAGAAAUGAUGAUACUGGUUACAGUUCACAAUAUUUAUCUGGCUCUUUACUUUCGUUACGACAAAGUCGAGAAUCAACUGAUUCACACGAAAGUGAUGGUGACAUGGAAAACAUAAAGCCAGCAGCCGCAUCAUCACCGUUGGAAGAAUUAAAAAAACAAAAUAAUGAAUCGAAAAAUAAUAAAGCAAAGAAGAUUCGUACAGCAUUUACAGAUCAUCAAAAAAUGAGUCUUGAUCGUUUCUAUGCAACAAAUCGCUAUCCAGAUCCAACGCAAAUGGAAACACUUUCGCGAUUGUUAUCACUCGAAGAAAAAGUUAUUCGAGUUUGGUUUCAAAAUAAACGAUCACGUGAAAAGAAUCAUCCCCGAAAUCAAUUAACCGUUCAUCAACAACCGAAUCCGACCGCGGCUUUGGCUCUCUGGCAACAAUUUUCAUCGUCAUCUAACUUUUCUCAUUGA